AUCCUAUGUGUUUGGGAUAUAUAAGACCAGAAAGGCCUGCCGACCAGUUACGACUCGAUAUCCUGACCGGGUGCAUCAGUGAAAAGAUUCCAAGGCAAAUAGCACCAUGGCACAACGAUCCGAGGGCGAAUGUGACAUGGAAAAUAGGGAUCCAAACGAUCUGAACGACCAUUGCAAGGUUGCUUUCGAGGAUGUCUUGGGAGAACCAGAAGGCGCUCACAGCAUGGACUGCGUGUGGAAGAACAGUUACUGGUGUUUCACCUGCGGUAAAAACUGCUGCUACAAGCUCAUGACCUGUCUUUGUGGAAUUUGCAUCGCCCUAUACUGGGGUUGUGAGUUUGCCCUGAUUGCUUUCGACCAAAUCUGGUGCAUAACUCCCUCUCUCAGAAUCUUCGCCAUCUACUGUGGAUGCGCCCAGAAGUUCUUCGGCACUAUCGUUCAGUGUUUCCUGGCCCCGAUCUGCGAGACCUGUGGACUAUGUUUCAGUCGAAUAACAGUUAAGAACUCGUGAUUCGGCAUACCGCCCAGGAGUCAUACAUAUUUCUUGUGCAACAGAUAAAAUGUAACUGCUUUUAUGGGCAAGCAUCCUCUCCUUACUCCUGGUUUUCAAAAACAACUUUUUCCAAAUGGAUUUUUACGCAUUUAAGGUGAAGUCUACUUUAUUUUCCAAAUUGGAUACAUUAUUUGUCAAAUUU